GAAAGUAAACCGUCGGAGUUGCCAACACACCCCUUGAGUUAUUCGGUAACCGGCUCAAUGCAACACCCGCGUGACUCGCCCGCCGACCAAAGGAACAGCCAUUCGCCGAAAACCUUGGACGGCCACGAACGGGUUGGUCCCCCAACGCCAGGCUGGGCCUUACCGAGGAGGACGCUAGGUUUCCUCGUAGGAGAGGAUGCCCUGUUAUUUUCGUGGGAUGAGAAUCGUGCACUGGAGUACGGUGAUGGAAUUGACACCUCCCAAGCACACCGUCGGAGCUGCAGCGGAGGGAAUGUCCUGUCGGUAUAUUUUUUGGAUCGGCCAGAUUUUCGCAGACUGACGGGCCGGCCCCGACGACACAUCGAUGACGCACGAUGGUCCAAACGAUCAUCAUAAAUAAAUAAUAACAAAAGCAUGGCCAUAUCGAACGCUGCUACACACCCUAACUUGGAAGCGCUUGUACCAGACCACGCAACCGAUUCUCACCCAUCGGCACCCAUUUUCCCCACUAACAGCGCCAUCAAAAGCUUCCAUCCUUCAGCCUUCUGGGGGCUGCCGUUGUAUUUUGUCG